CUAUUUCCGAUGAAAUCUGCCUCUGAAUGUAUGCGGUGUGUGUGUGUCGUAAUUCCGCAUAGGGAUGCACUUCUUAUGGCUUUAAUGCUUUAACGACAUGGAAGCUCUGCCAUCAUAAUUGAUUACGAAAUUGGUCUAUUAGCUGAAUCAUCUAUCAUGAUCAUUAUAAAGUACGAAGCUUUAUCAAAAUUGCUCCCUAAUUGACAUGAUUUUAUGGGCCAAUAUAUGUGCUGCAAUGCCUUAUGCAUCCUAGGUUGUAUUUUAUAAUAACAGAAAGAGCUUACGAGGCAUAAGGGAUAGGGAGGGGUACAUGUUAGUCAGAUUAGGGGUAUCGAUGACUGGAUGUUUUCUCUACAGUGUCCCAUGAUUGAUUACGGUGGGAAAGGUUGGAAGGCUUCAUUAGAGACUGAGUAUGCCUCACACUUCAACUCCUUUUUGUUGACUAUGCUAACAGUUGAGUGCAGCUAUGCCUCUCAUUCAAGGUAUCACAAUCUUCCUAACCAUACUAUGUGAUUUUUUUACAUUAAUUAAGAUUGUAAACCAUUAAAUACUAGUUUUAUGUCUGAAAUGUGUUGGUUUGAGUGAGAAUUUGGUUUGGUCAUCUAACUUCUCAAAUUAAACCUUCACCUAAGGCGCCUCAUAUUGGAUAGUUUUGUCAUGCCUUCUGUUUGCAAGUCAAUGCUUAAGGUAUGCCCUGUUCACGCAUUUCCUGUUUCACGAAUCCCAAUGUUAUUUUCUUGAUGUUCCUUCAGGUUAUAUGUUCAGCUGGUGAGUGUUGUCAUGCCUGUGCUGCAAUCUCUUAUUGCUUUGAUAUUUUUGGGGUACCUCGAUAUCCUUCUCCUUAUGCACCAAUGCUUCGGCCAGCAUUUCCUCCGCAACCGUUGGUUGGUGUUAUGCCACCAUUGGCACGCCCUCCUGUUAUCGGAAUUCGUGGUCCAAUUGUUCCUCCCAUUGUUAGACCCAUUACCCCAAGUGUCACAUCAGCUGAGGAGCCACAGACAACUGUUUAUGUUGGGAAGAUAUCAUCAACUGUGGAUAAUGAUUACAUGCUGUCUCUCCUCCAGCUUUGUGGGCCUGUAAAGAAUUGGAAACGUCCACAAGACCCCACUGGAACUUUAAGAGGUUUUGGAUUUUGUGAAUUUGAGUCUGCUGAAGGAGUUCUUCGUGCAUUGCGACUACUUAAUAAGCUAAGAGUUGAUGGACAAGAGUUGAUGUUAAAUGUUAAUCAAACAACUUGGAAAUAUCUUGAGCGUUAUGUAGAGAAAAAGAUCGAAGGUUCAAGGGCCAAGGAAUCUGCAACUGACGGUUCUGACAAAGAGGAAGCAAGAGAGUCGAGCUCGGAUACUGGCAAAGCUGUUAAAUUAACUGAAGAGUCUCUAAAGCCUUCAUCAGAUGAACAGAAAAAGGAUGACAGUGAGAUGAAUAAGGAAAAACCUGAGGCUGCCAGUUUUGGCCUUGUAACUGAUGAAGACAAGGAUGCAGACCGUGAUGUUUCUGAGAAGCUCACAGGUAUGAUAGAGGAACGACUGAAGAACAAACCACUUCCUCCUCCACCCCCACCUCCACAGCCACAAACACUUAUUGAUGGACCUGGAAACUCAAACUCAGAGCAGCCUUCUGGGUCAAAGGAUAGAGAAUCAGAAGAUGGGGUGAAGAACGAUGCAGAAGACAAAAAUGAGGACGAGAAGACUGCUGAGAGCAAACCCUCUAGUGAGCCUGAUAGAGCUGAAACAGGGUCUCCUGAUAGGAGUAGAAGGCAUGACAGGAGCAGGGAUCGUGACCGUGACCCAAGACGAGAAAGGGAAAGGGAACUUGAAAGAUACGAGAGAGAGCGGGAGCUAGAACGAGCUAAGAGGGAGAAGGAGAGAGAAUAUAGAAGUCGAGAAGAUGAACGGAGGUAUAAAGUGCGUGAAAAAGAGUGGGAAUCCAGGGAAAGAGAUAAGGAGCAUUGGCGGAAGAAAGAGCGAGAUAGGGAGAAAGAUAGGGCUCAUGAUAGGAAGUGGGAAGUUGUGGACCAAGAACGUGAUGGUGAUGAUGGGUAUGGAAAGAAGAGGAAAUACAAGAUCAGUGAUGAAGAGAGGAAAAGAAGACAGAGGGAGAAGGAAGAGGACCUGGCUGACAGAGUGAGAGAGGAGGAAGAAAUCGCAGAAGCUAAAAUGAGAGCCGAAGAAGAACAGAAGAAACAGCUUGAGGUUCUGAAAUCUGAAACUGUUCCAGCACCAGCUAAUGGUUUUGAGAAAGCUAUUUUGCCAAAUGAAACCAGUGCUGAAAACCAGGGUAAGGCUGAAUUUGAGCUCAAACCAAGUCCUGGGGCUUAUGAAGUUACAGGCGAAGGGAUUCUGCAGAAUGGCACCAGUGAUUCAUCUAAUUCUGCUUCAGAUGCUCGGCAAAAUAGCAAUGUGCCAACUAAAAAGUUGGGCUUCGGGCUUUCAGGGUCGGGAAAGCGAGCUGCUGUACCUUCUGUUUUUAACGAGGAUGAGGAUGAGGAUGCACACAAGGAAAAGAAGAUGAGACCUCUAGUUCCAAUUGAUUACUCAACUGAGGAACAAGAAGCUAUUCAAUCUUCCAUGUCUGAAGCCCCAUCAGCCAACAUGGCUGCCGCAGCAGAAUUUGUGAAGCGAAUUUCAACUGUUAAUCCUAAAGAACUUGAUGUAGAAAAAGAAAAAAGUAGACGUUCUCAUGAGAGAUCUGGCCAUCGUGACCGUGAUAGACAUGAGGAAGAGACCAAUAGCAUCCGUGAGGAGAGCAGAAGAGAUCAUUUUGAAAGAGAAAGAUCAAAUAAAACAAAGACCCCAGAAAACCAGAAGCUUUUGGAUGCUAAGCAGUUGAUUGACACUAUACCAAAGACCAAAGAUGAGUUGUUUUCCUAUGAGAUCAAUUGGGCGAUCUAUGAUCAGAAUGUGCUGCAUGAGAGAAUGAGACCAUGGGUAUCAAAGAAGAUAACAGACUUUUUGGGUGAGGAAGAGGUCACGCUUGUGGACUAUAUCGUGUCUAGCACUCAGGAGCAUGUCGAGGCAGGUGAGAUGCUUGAGAGGCUCCAAACUAUAUUGGAUGAUGAAGCUGAAAUGUUUGUGCUUAAGAUGUGGAGAAUGCUUAUUUUUGAGAUCAAGAAGGUAGAGACUGGCCUGGCUCCGAAGCCCAGGGCCUGAGCGGAAAACGAAUAAAAAUGUUGGUUUAAUCAGCGUAUAUUAAUCAUUGCACCACAUGUCCCUUUUGUCCUUGUCUUAGAGAUGGAAUAAUUUGCAACAGUCAUAAUUUUGUAAUUUUCAGUGUAUUACCUCAGGUGCAGUUUCUUAAUUGACGUGCAGAAUUAUAUUA